GAUGCCACCCGCGCAUCUUACACCUUCGGCCACGCCGGAAGACAUCACCUGCUUGGUACCCACCGGCUCAGUACUGACUUCGAGGGAUCCUCUGCCACCCAGCACUACCCCAGGCAGCCAGGCCAACAGCUCUCAGUCUGGCAGCUCGCAAACAGACAAGUCGCCGAAUAUUGAGUGCGUUGUCUGCGGAGACAAGAGCAGCGGCAAACAUUAUGGACAAUUUACUUGCGAGGGUUGCAAGAGUUUCUUCAAGAGGAGCGUCAGGCGGAAUCUGACGUACUCGUGUCGGGGGAGCAGAAACUGUCCCAUUGACCAACACCAUAGAAACCAGUGCCAAUUUUGCCGCUUGAAAAAGUGCCUGAAGAUGGGCAUGCGCCGGGAAGCCGUGCAGAGAGGGCGAGUGCCGCCGUCGCAACCUUCCGGUUUGCCGGGUCUGCCGGGCCAGUUCGCCCUGACGAACGGGGACGCGGUCGCGUGCGCCAGCCUAAACGGACACCAUUCUUACCUCUCGUCGUACAUAAGCCUGCUGCUGAGGGCGGAGCCGUAUCCGACCUCGAGAUACGGCCAGUGCAUGCAGCCCAAUAAUAUCAUGGGUAUCGACAAUAUUUGCGAGCUCGCGGCCCGAUUGCUCUUCUCGGCGGUCGAGUGGGCCCGAAAUAUUCCGUUUUUUCCAGAGCUUCAGGUCACGGACCAAGUGGCCCUGCUCAGGCUAGUGUGGAGCGAGCUGUUCGUCCUGAACGCGAGCCAGUGCUCGAUGCCGCUCCACGUGGCGCCGCUCCUGGCGGCGGCGGGUCUUCACGCGUCGCCGAUGGCGGCGGACCGCGUAGUCGCCUUCAUGGAUCACAUCAGGAUCUUCCAAGAGCAAGUGGAGAAGCUCAAGGCGCUGCACGUCGAUUCUGCGGAGUACAGCUGCCUCAAGGCUAUCGUCCUUUUCACCACUGACGCCUGUGGUCUCUCGGACGUAGCGCACAUCGAAUCCCUCCAGGAGAAGUCGCAGUGCGCGUUGGAAGAGUAUUGCCGGUCGCAGUACCCGAACCAACCGACGAGGUUCGGCAAGCUGCUGCUGCGAUUGCCGUCCCUGCGGACGGUCUCGUCGCAAGUGAUCGAGCAGCUCUUCUUCGUGCGGCUGGUAGGCAAGACGCCGAUCGAGACGCUUAUCAGAGACAUGCUGCUGAGUGGCAACAGCUUCAACUGGCCCUAUCACAUAUCCACAAUGUGACACUCUGUCUGGAGGCAGCUGGCUUCCGCAUAAUAUUACAGUCCGAGCGGCGGCGUCGCGACGCCCGGCGACGAUCCGCGUGCCCGAUUCGCGUGUUAAAACCGCGCGAGAGAUAAUCGUCGCGAGAGAAUCGGCGCCGCGAAUCCCGACGCUCGGUGCUGUGCGUGCGACGAAGAGAAGGACGCGGAAGCGACUCGUUUUCGCCGAAUCGCGAAGCGACGUCGAAACGGAUGCGUUCCAAAUGUCAUUCUAGUUUUAACAUCGUUAAUUAGUACGUUAUAUAUCAAGUCGCUCCGACUUUGCGGCAACGAGCAAUUUGUCGUUUUUUUUUUCGUCAAUAUUUCUCUCAUUGUCUUUGUGUUUCGCUAGAUAGAUACGAUCGGGAUCAUGUAGGGACUUUUACGCGCGAUGAGGAGAGACGCGACUCGACCUCGGAAUGGUAAAGAAGACUCAUUGAUAAAACACGAACAAGUAGAACGAAAGAGGAAAGAUUACGGUGAGAAAGAGAGAGAGUUUAGGAAAGAGAAUUGAGCGUGAUCAUUAACUGAGUUCGAGCUAGAGUGAUAGGAUAAUAUGCGCGGAGAGAAAGAUACGAGGGCGGUGAAGAGACGUCGUCUUGUUCGGAGAAGAGGAAUCUCGGAGGCGAAAGGAGCAGGGAAAAGCGGGAGGGAGAGAGAGAAAAGAUGUUGUAAUAAAGACGUUGCUCAUUCAGAGAUCGCCGAGUGGCUCGACAGCGCCCAGGAACAUCUACUGGGCGUUAAAACUUGGUACUCGCUAAAGUAAUCGAGCAAAGACGAAAGAAAGAGAGAGAGAGAUUGUGCGCGGGUUUGUUUUAGGCGAGCAUGUGUGCAUGUAUGCAUGAGUAAAAGAAAGCGAGUGAACAAGAGAUAGAUUGAAAGGAGUAAGAAAAAGAAACGAGGAAGAAAAAGGGAGAGGAGAGAAUAGAUAGAUAAGCGUUUUGUUAUAUGGCAAAGAAUGAAAUAAAGAAAGGGGGGGGAAGCAAGACGAGCGUGGCGUGAAGAAGUCAUAAAUUAGCAUUUAUAAUCAACGAUGAAGGAGAGAGAGAGAGAAAGAGAGCCCGGUGAAUCUCCCAUCGCUAUCUUGAAUCAAUCUUCGCGUCGAGUACUCGCUAUUAGUCGAGUCAUGCCACGGGCCUUAGUCAUUCGUCUUGACGCCUCCUCUACGAGGCCGUUCUCUCCGCGUCUGUAGUCCGUGAAACAUUCUUUUGGAAAUAUUCCUUUCGGUCGCGCGGACGACGCUCAUUCCCGACGCACGUGUGCACCGGCAGAGUCCGAGUCCCACGGUUUUCGUCGAACGUUUUCGUGACUUUUGAGAUUAUUUCCGAUCGCUAUUGUAGUCUCUAUUUCGGUUGUUUCACCAUGUGUUCGAGAAGUUCUUUUUUAAUCUCGCUCGCCGAAAUCUUAGGACGCGACUUUGUUGUAAAAUUGAUUUUUUAUAUCCAAUUUUCCUAUGAAAACAUUUGUUCAACAGCGCCGUUCGAGAAUCGACGUUUUCUCUUUCUUGCGCAACGUAUUUAAUUCAUGCGUUUUUUUUUCCUGGUUUUCUUAUCCGUUCGUAUUUUGUCUCGAUUAUAUGUUUAUUGUAACUUUGAAGUAGAUCAAAUGCGCACUGUUUUUUUAUUCUUAAAAGCGAAAUUUGUUUUGUAAGGGCCACAGUAUGCGAUGUUGAUAUACGUGUUGGUCUAUUUAAAUAUAAAUAUAUUGUACAAAUUUUUAUGUAUAGUACUUAGAAACGAAGAGACACAGUCGGCGCGCCCGAUAUUUUUAGCGACAACUUUAUUGGUAAAUAAAAAAAAACGAUUCUCUGUUGUAAGUAGAAUGUAAAGUGCAAAGAAUUGUGCGUGUCAAGAUCACGAAGAAAAGAAAAUUACUCACGAAAACUCUAUCGCGCCAAGUAAAUAAAUUAUAAUCCUUUUUGCGGCAGUGUUUGUAACAGGCGGCGUUCGUAUACGCGAACGGCAAACGAUCACGUUUCGUCAUUUGCUUGUAUCGUAUUAGGCUUACGGCGCGUGAUUUCGACGUCUCGUCUGACGACGGUCGUCUUCGAGGAAAGCUUCGAGAAAGAAGAGAGCGACGGCGAAACGACCACACGUCGUUACGACUUCAACUUGGAUGACAAUAUAACGCGCGAUAUCAUAACAGCCAAUAUUAUAUAUCUUGUAAAUACGAUAUUUUUACCUUGGGUUACUUAAGAACGUACGUGACGAGAUCACUCGAGAAUGCGAUACGACGACGUCCUCCUUGUAUGCCAGUGCCAUUGCGCGACAAAUUAUUUCAUCAUUAAACAAAUGAUCCUGCGGAGAUUGAGGGGCCGAUCGAUGGACCGUUUGUCGAUCAAACUUCGUUACAAAAAUCUAUACAACGUCCGAAGAAAACUUAGCGAAAAGGGUAAGAGACUAUUCCGUUUUACAUUAAAUUCUUAAAAACAUUCUGAAAACGUGAUUCUGUUUGCAUGAAAAUUUCGUUGCGUCUUGUUGAAUUGUAGGAUAACUCGUUACGCGCGUCCCAUUCCGCAAAAUUGAUAUCACAUUAGUUUGUAAAAACAAAAACUAUACCGGAAAGCAUUUAAGGUUUGUAAUUAAAAGAGAAAAUGUGAAGAAUAUAUUCUUCUAUAAAUUGUCAAAAUUACAAUUAUGUUAAAAUAUUUUAUUGU